CACUCUUACAUGCAUAGCUCAGCACCUUAACUUGAGGGAGGUCUCUAAGCAGCUCUUGUUGUGCGCGGUAAUAUCGGCAGUCGACAGGCAAGGUCAAACCACCUGUGACUGUGCGUCGUCUUUGGACCCAUACGGCUUAGCAACUUCGUGUCUGAGCUGUGCAAAGGGGGUAUACCAUCGCAUAGGACCUUCCCUCAGCAGGCAUCCCAGGCCACGUCACCCUUCCCUCCAGCCACCAACGCCCCAUCUCCAUCCAUCUUCCAGCCCAUCCUCCGCAUCCCCACCCAUGUCCCUGCUAUCCGAGGGCGCUCGGGUGCGGCUGGUAGGCCUCACCGCCCGCCCCGCCCUCAACGGCGCUGAGGGGGUGGUGGUGGCCGCGCCUCAGGGCGACCCGCCGCGCUACCCGGUACGCCUGCUUCACCCGCCCGAGGCGGUUGCCGCACAUCCCGAGGGAGUCAAGGUCAAACGAGACAACCUGGAAAUCGAUGCAGACCGGUCCGCUGCCGGCAAGCAGGACACGAGUAAGGACAAGAGCGCGCCCAAGCAGCAGCAGCCUGCAGCCGGCAAGGCCAAGAACAGCGGCAAAAGCGGCGCGGAUCAAAUCCUGAGUCCGCAAAUCCGGCUGGCUACGUGCCGCAAAACCGCGGAGAUAUUCCUGGACGCCCUUGACGCGGAUGCCUACCCAGCAGAGGCGAUGGAGGGCAUCUUCGGCGUCCGCAUGAACUGCGCGGGAGGCCAGAGGAAGGUGGACAGCGACCUGAGCACCUGGCCCAUGGGGAACCUCACCUUCGGCGCUUGGAUCACGAUCCGGAACUGGUUUUUUGAAGAUCGCAUGAUGGCGGCGUACGAAUUGGGACCGGACGAGCAGGACAAGCUGCAGGAGAUGGCGAAGCGAGCCGCGGCGGAGUUUGUGGAGGAGAUUGCGAGGGUGCUGGUGCAGGGGCGAAUGCCGCAGUGGUACGAGGAGCAGCUGCGGAAGCUGCAGCGGGAGGGGCGGCAGAGCUAUUACGUGAUGGAGAUUGUACGGCGGAAGUUC